AUGAUCUUUCUCCUAUUUAUCAACCAUCCCUUGGUGGACUCUCCUAGAAUGAAACGCUCCAUUGAAGCCGUUUAUCACACUAUUUCACCGAAUGGCUCCUGCUUGGAUAUCGACCCUCGAGCUAUAUAUGUCAAUGUGCAUCCAACAAAGCGAGAAGUGCACUUUUUGAACAAGGAUGCCAUCAUCAAGUGUGUAUCGUAUGCAAUCCAACAAGCCGUGGCUGCUCAAGGAGAGUCAAGAGCUUUCGAGUAG